AUGCAGAUCUCCACAGGGCUUCUGUGCCUGCUGCUUGUGGCCACUGGCUUCACUUCCCAGGUGCUGGCUCACCCAGGCUCUAUCCCAUCUACCUGCUGCUUUGUUAUGACCAGUAAGAAGAUUCCCAAAUCACUACUGAAGAGCUACAAAAAAAUCUCCAACAGCAGAUGCACCCUGAAAGCCAUACUCUUCAAGACCAAGUUGGGCAAAGAGAUCUGUGCUGACCCCAAGAAGAAGUGGGUCCAGGAUGCCACAAAGCACCUGGACCAAAUCCUCCAAACUCCAAAACCAUAA